AUUUGGCCUUGACCAACAAACUGUGAAGCUGAAUCAACCCUUUUUCCUUCCAGUCCUUCACAACUUUGUCCACAGGGAAGGCUUCUGCUGUUCUACUCCUCAACCAGCCAGCAUGGCUUUCCUGAGGCCCUGGGAUGUUAUCUGCUCAUGGAGAUGAGGGGUCACUUGAGUGGCUGAGGGAAUGCAAAAGUGCGUUUGGCAGCUAGUCAGGACACAGGAGCUUUGGUCCAAGAGGAAAGAGGUGAAACACAAGCUAUCUAUAGUAUCUGAUCCUGGUUUCUCUUCUGUGCAGCCAGUCCACUGGCCUGAAGGACAGUGACUUCUUACAGCCACACUCAACUGUGAGGCAAAAUCUUGGCCUCUGCAAGGGAAGAGACACACAUCUCAAACUCAGGCAAAGACCAGUGGAGGAAAUGUUAGCCAUUUCCAGCCAUUAUUACCCCUGUGCUGUGCUCUGGGAACAACUGAAACAAGCAGGCACUCCGUGUGAAGGGAGCGUCAUCAACCCUGAAAGACCGUACAGGGAGAGCAGAUGGGAAAUGACAGGCCUAAACUAGACUGUGGUGACAGCAGUGCAUGCAGAGGAGUAUGAUUAGACCAGAAAACGUCUGGGUGUGCACACAUGGAGCAAAAGGGUCAAAAGAGGAGCAGCCUGGGGACAGGGUCCUGUGUUCUCAGUGAAGUGAAAGAGAAAGGAGUGGAAAUGGGCAAUUGUAAAAGCAGAUCGCGCAAGUGACCCCUUUCUUGUGCCCUGUGUCCCAUCCUUCUGCUACAAUGGGAUCCAGGCCAGCAGUAACUUGUGCCAUCAUUGCAUGGUGGAGUCCUUCCUGUCCUGGUACCUCAAGAAAGUCACAUGUGCUGGGAAGAGAGGACAGAAGAAUUAAUGAGAAAGAGACAGAGACCUCUCAAACUUCCCAUAGACUCCCAUACCUCUGCUGGUUUCCCAAACUUCCUUGUCCCCAUCCUUGCGGUAGGGACACACAGUUUGAACAGCUGCACUUGUGUAUACCCACCUCAAGGGGCUGCAGCAUGGGCUGAAGGCUUGAAAGUGUUGGAACAGGCAAGACCUCUGUGUUAGCACAACUCUCACCACAGAGAGAUGUAGAAAUCAAAAGCAGAACAAAAGAGCAGUUGAAGAAGGGAACAGGACAUGUAGGGGUCUGCAAUGACCUAGAAAUAAACAGCUGUGUAAUUAAUGUGAGACAAAGAAACAUUUUCAUCCCUUGCUAUCCUGGACCCCCAGACUGUGGAGAGACACUUCCUCCGGCAUCCAAUUCUUUAGCAAUGGCGGGGCUGUUUAAUUCUUGAAGGCAGAGAGAAACAAGACUUGCUGGAUGUACAGUACCUAUAAGCCUGAUGCCCAGGCUUGUGAGGGCACAAGGAAGCUGCCAAGGUGAGAAAGAAAGCAUGGCCUGGCCUUCUGUCAUGGAGGAUUUAGAGAGUUUAGCAUUGUAUAGGACAGAGGGACCUGCUGUAGGCAUGGAUUCAAAUCUGGUGGUUUUUGGGAGCCAUGAAGUGCAGAGGAAAGAGGAAAAUUGUAAAACCAGAAAAAAAAUAGGAAGAAAGAGCUGUAAUGGACAGGGUGAGAAGGAGUGGAGAUCAUCUGGAUCUCAGAGGACAUCGUCAUCUGGUGUUUUUGAUAAAGACAGUGAGGAGCAGUAGCAAAUGGGAAACCUUCUGAUCUCUAAUGACCCUGCUACAUUUUAGGAGCAUACUGCCAUUUUCCUCAGACAGGGUAUGAUGUUACUCCUCCUGGAAAUACCAGAUGUCUGGGACUAGGGAAAGCUUACGCAGAGACAGUCCUUUCAUAUUUCUCUGUGGUUUUCUGUUUCAUUCCUGCAUCUCUUGAUUUAUUUGCACACAUAUAUCUCUUCUUUCCUCCUCCUGUCUCUCCUUUAUUAUGUUCUUGUUCCAUACAUGUUCUUUUUCCUUCCUGGGCUCAGACUUUCCUGUCUCACACAAAACUCAGAACCCAGGUUCCUAGAGCAAGGAGUGUGGUCAUUUUAGCAGGUUAUGUUCAUACUUGUCAUGCUGAAGAAAUCAUCAAUAAAUUAUGAUUUUGAAAUGCUCCACAGCUUCAUUUAGAAACCAGCAGAUGUUUUCCAGCUGUCACGGCCUUCCUAUGCUUCAAAGUUUUUCCUGCAUUUGAAGGAGGAACAGAAGUCAGUAAUGGUAACACACUGGUUUAUGACACUGAAAAUCAGGACAGUGUCUGUGAGAUGCAGUCAGUGUCCUGACUCCACCAGAAAGCAGCACUGGGAUCUGUCUGGUCACGUGCAGAUAUUGACAACGUAGGUAUUUCCACUAGGUCUAGUCACCCUAUGUAACCUUCACAGUCAAUAAGGACAAGUAGGCACUUGCAGAACACAUUUCAUCUUAUCCUCAAUCAAUGACUACUUUAGGCUAGAUGAGUCACACCCUAAAAUCACUUGUUUUCUUCCUGCCUAGUGUGACCAGUUUUAUGCAGGUAUCCGUACUGUAUUUACUAAAGUUAACAGGAUUCAUCUCCCCAUGUCACUGUCUCAAGUACAAGCCCCGCAUUGUUGGCUCCAAGCAUCUCUUCGGCUACUGAGCAUAAGGCAGCUCAUGCUGUGAAGUAAAAAUAUUUCAAAAUCAGAGAGGACAACUAACAGCAGAGUCAGGAGUGCCCAGCCCAAGGGAAGAAAAAGUUACUCAGUUCAGCUGUGCACCUAAAAGGGAUUUGCAAUUUGAAAUAGCAUUUUGGCCAUUGCUUAUGGAUCUCAUGCUCUGUCCUUUCCCAUUCAGUGAAGGAGUGUAGAGAAAAGGGCAAACUAACAAAUUGCAGAGAGCAUGGUUUAAAAAAAAGCUGUCAAGCAGACAACUGACAAGAAGAGGGUCGGUUAGAAAGGUAGAAUGGGGAGCACUUUCUCCUCCUCAACCGACACCUUUCUCUGGAAGUGCCAUCUCCAUGAGUCUCACCAGGGACCGUGGCUCAGGGUAUAGGAGCCUGUCUUUUAAACUUUUCAGCUCUGGCCCAGAUAGUAGGGUAAUUUUAUCUUAACAUUGGCAUGCUACAGAGUUCCCUAUGGAAUAUCUUGAAGCUACACAAACACAAAUCCUAGAGAAACAAUAUUUAGUUUUUGAAGACAAUUGAAAUAUUUUUAAGACCAACCACUGUUUUGGCCCAGGGUAUGCACUUUCUGCAUGGCAAUCUCCAAUUUGUACCAGAUGCAAAGGCAAAGAUAUUUACUACACAUUCCCCAAACUGCACAAAUUCCUUUGUCUUUGUGUUCACUUAACCUCAGCUUCCAUUCCACAUAACUUACUUCACCUCAACUAUGUUUCUUGGAAUAACAUUGAAUUUUGGUCAGUUCAUUAUUGGCUUUGUUUGUCUUCAGUGCACUGUACGUUAGAGGGUUGGCUUGAAACAUGAAACACUGUGGAAAGGAGUCCAAUAUGGUAAUACAAUCAUUUGCCUACUGUUGCAGGAAUUGUUUCCAUUAUGGGCCCUAUUUUUCACACUCUCCUAACUUUCCAAAACACUCACCUUUGGAGUUGGAGUUUUCCAUUGUUGGUGUUUGCCUGGAGGUUAAAUUUGCCUGUGUGAGUGGAAGUUUUAACAAAGAUGUCUAGUCCCUUUUACAUUAUGGGAGAGUGGAAAAAACCCCUACAUUUUUUCUGGCUUGGGAAGAAAAAUAUCUGACCACAUUUCUAAGAAGGACAACAGCAAAUCUGCUGAAGGCUGAAAUUUGACAGGCACAAUCGGUAGAGAGUCCAGUCAUAUGUUACAGACCCUGCCUUUUGAACUCAUCUCUGUGUCUCCUGGUGUCUAUAGGGGACUGUUUAUGUUCAACAGCCUGCAGGAUCAGACCGCAAAUGACCAGUCACUCCAACUUCUGACAACUAAUUUCCGUCUCUUUUUGCCCUUGUAACACAAAAUUUGGAGCUGUAUUAACAGCUCUGUCCCCAGGGAUCCAGAAAUGCUGAAGCUAAAUUUCUAAUCAUGUUAAAUCAGUCUCUCAGAACGUGUAGAAUAAGUUUGUGUGUAAAGGAGUUUUUUGUCCAGUUGAACAAGGAGAACUGAGUGGUAUUAAAAGAGCUGGUAUCUUUCUUGUGCCAUUACUUUUCUUUUUCCUGAUUAAAACACCUACCUGAUCUGGAAGGGGGCUUAGAGCUGGCCUGUAGUAGUUUACAAAUCCUACAUGAAAUCUGGCUACAGAGAUAAUUAUUGUGUGACUACAUCUGGUUAUUGGAUUACUACCUGCAUGAAGAAGUUGUCUUAGUUUAAUAGCCAAGCCAUUAAGAAAAAAAAAAAAAAGAAAACAAAUAUAAUAAUUCCACAGGAGCAUUUUCUUAGCUCACAUAUCAGGAACUCCUAAGAAAUAAUCCCUGAGCUACAAGCUGUGAAGAGGCUACAUCCACACAAUGGGCAAGUCAAGAAAGCCAGGGAGAUCACUAUUUUUGCUGAAAGUGCAGACUGCAGUCACAGAUAUCUCACUGGCAGACACCACACGGGACAGUAAGCAAGGCAGGCUUGCUCAGCACUGAGAGCAAUUACAAGUUCUAGGUGAGUUUUUUUCAUUGUUUUGGGGAGACAGACAUGCAUGGACAAUGUUUGAAGCUUUAAAAUUAAAUUUAAUGCUUCUGUUGCUGAGAAGACACUUUUAGGUUGCCUGCAUUAUUGAGCAGUCAUAAGCAAUUAGUAAGAAAUUAGUAGAUUCCAGCAGCAGUGGAAGUUCUAAGAAGUUGCAGGUAGGAGCUCUGGUACAAGGCUUGACACCAGGCAUGUGCUCAACUAGAGAGCAAAGUGGUCCUGCAGCCAUGAAGCCACAUGCUUUCAGUAAGGAUAAGUCAGUCAUUCCAGCAGUAAUUUCAGAGCAGAAGCAGCGAAUGAACAAAUUCCCUAGAUGUACCUGCAUCACUCUUUGAGGUGCUCCAGUGAAGGACUAGAGCACCCUAUCUGUCUCCCUGUAUGACAAUCCACAGUGUAUGGCAUUUCUCCCACAAAUCCCUGCAGUAUUUCAGUCAAGUCCCCUUAAAAUUCAUCCUCAGUCUCAAUUUAUCUGCCUCAUGCACACCCUUUUAGCUGACCAUGAUUGAGUGUGAGGCUUGACUAGAUGACCUCCUGAAGUCACCUCCAACCUGAAUUAUCCUAUGACUCCAUGGCUGCUGGCAGAGCAGGCCUGCUGUCUGAUUUUUCCAUGCAGCUCAGUGAGCAGAUUGAUGCUGCCACAUCCGUGUGGCACAGCAGGUCACUGCAGUGUGGCCAGUGUCACUGUGAAGGUCAGGAAGGCCAUACACUGGAUAUAUGACUUUUCUGUUCCCGCUGCCCAGGACACAGCAAAGCAUCUCCCCGCUUUUUGAGCUCAUAGGCAGGACGUAUGUUGCCCUAUGCUGUCACCCAAAUAAGGGAAUCACAAAAGGUCUGGUUGCAUCUGGGCCUCUCUGGUCACCGCAGGUGGCCCUUGCACACCCCAGUCAGAAGUGCCAACCGCAUGUCUUGUGCUGUGCUUCCUGGAAGUCCUCUGCCCACUACUCAUGCCAAGUGUUUACUCUCUUGGCUGUUGACAUAUCAGCCUCCAUUAUGCGAUUAUCUCCUCUUUCAUCUUUAUCAGUGCUGUGUGACCCUCCACAGCCUCCACCGAGAUGGCCAUGGGGAGUUCAGUCACAUCCUGAGCUCCUGCCAAAUGUGUCUUUGGGCACCUGAGAGCUGCUUGCGAGAUCAGCUGAGCACAAGGCCAGGGGCACCUUCCUCGCCAGCCUGCCCCAGGGUUAAGCAGCUGUCCUGUUCAACUGGAGACAGGGGUGGGACAUCGUGGAGGUGCUUUGCGUAUGGGGUGAGACAGCAAGGGACAGAGGUAAGGACCCUCCUACAGGUCAACGAGUCCAGAGAAAGGCAUGUGUUGUAAAAAUACUUGUUGGUUGUCAAGUGGAAAGCCUUUUCCUGUGGUCAAGUGCCAGCAAUCUUCAUCGGCCUCACACAGAGAAGCUGCUGGUGAGAAGUAAUUUCUGAAAGCCACGACUGAGACCGCUAGCUCCAUGGAGGAAGCACAAUCCCAGGGAAGAAAUACAGGCUGCUUGGUGCUAUGCCCGCUACACCUCCCCUUAUGCUGGGGUCCAGCUUGUAGUAGUGAGAAACUCCAGCUGCAAGUAUUGUAGUCCAGGCUCAAUACAGGGGGGGAGAAGGUGGAGAGAGGACCAAUAGCAGUGACAGGCCUGCCAUAAAGAUCCCACCACCUCACACACACCAUGCAGCCCUUGCUUAACCACAGGGGAAGGGGCCGAGGAAGCUCACAUGAGGCAUCACACAGAGAAAAAAAGCUCCUCAUUAAUCACCGGGGCAAUGUGCAAUCCUGGAGGUCAUUCAUAUUCAUUGUACCCAGAAGAGAUGGGUCACGAUACUGAAGGAAAGGCUGGGAGCAUAAUCACAAGCCACAUGCUGGCCUGGCCUUUUUUCUCAAACAAGCUGUAAGUCAGACCUCAGAUUCCUCUGUCAGCUAUUAAUGGCAGUGACUCCAGGCUAAGGGCUAUCUCCUCUUCUGCUUGCUGAAGUCUGUGGCAUCAGAGCCUGUAGAAGAAGGUGCACAAGGCAUCUCUCCCUAAAGAUGAUAAAAAUCAAGAUGACUGAGAAAAAAUAGACCUGAAACAGAGUCCCAGGGCCCUCAAUUACCCUGCUUGUCCCAUUUCAAGGAGUUCCUCAAUCCUGAUGAUCUGAUUGCCUCUGGUUUAAGGGCUCAGCAUUGACAUUGAAAACAUAGGGUUGAGCCUCCUACCACUUUGCCAGGAUGAUUUUCUGGACCCAUGUUUAUGGGUCCUCAAGGAGCACGCUGUUGGACCGACCUGACCAAAACAGAAAUAGGCUGAUCCACAGGGGAGUGAGGUGACCUAAAAGAAGAAAUCCCAUUGGAUUUGAUAGCUAGAGCCCAUUCCUUCCUUGCCUUUUACCAGGAGGACUCUCGGCACUGCUGUUCAACUUCUGGCAGGCAUUUUCUGUGGUAGCAGUCAUCCAGCUCUGUAUGGUCACUGUUCCUGCAAGAGGUACCACUUGACCUCAGGACCAUUUACUCUCCCUAGUUCACUCCAUGACCUCCCUAACGCAAUUUCAGAUCUUCUGGCAGUCAAGCUUUUGCCUGCUGGUCUGCUGGGGAGGGUAGGAUGCAGGGUUUUUCCACAAUUCAGGCCUAGAUGCACAUGUACUGCCCAUGGUGAGCAGACUGCACCCUCAGUGGUAAAACUGUGAGGCAACUUGCCUGCACUGGGUGAGGGAGACCAGGGCAGCUAUGAUUUUCCUCAGUAACACAAUCUUUUCCACUAGAAUGGCACAUGCAGGGCAGGAGUCCUUGCUUUGCUAUGACUUUAAACCUAUGUGAUGAAGGAGGAAGUGAACAUUUGUGUUUGGGUCUCGUCCCAGGAUCUUUUCACUUGUGCAGCUAGUGCUGUGGGGGUGUGUCCCAUGACUCUCUCUUGGGCUCCUCCACCAUGAUUCACCAGCGUAAAAUUACAUUGCUCAAAACUAGACUCACUGUUUCUCUUCUUUUGCUGCUUAGGGCAUAUUUUUGCGGGUCAUCCUGGGGAAGAGGGGAGUUCCCAGCAAGUUAUUCUGGAGCAACAAGGAUGGCAGUGUUAUCUGGUAACUCCUUAGUGGAAGAGUCCUUGAUGCCAAUUGAACUGACUGAUGGAAGGGCUGGUGGUGUGACCUUGGUAGGUGGAAGGCAUGGGUGUCUGUCUGAGCCAGGGCUGGUGGUCUGGCCCUAGGGGCAGACAGCUUGCUGCCAGGAAACAAUGAUCCUAGCCAAGGAGUGACUAUUGCUGCCAGGCUGGUGGUGUACCUGUAGUAAGAUGAGGCCCACUGUCACAUGGAUGUAUGAACAUUUCACUGCCAUCCUCUCUGAGAACUGUUUUCCUUCAGAUCUGCUGCAGCCUGCUGGCAGGUAAGAAGCUAUCCUCUCAUCCAAAGGCUUUCUUGUCUGUGGGUUUCCUGAAAGUCUUCAUACUUGAGGCAGAAGUAUCUUUCCCUAUCUUGAGCAGUUGUUCCUGCUUCUGGCCUUGAAAGCAUCCUUUAGCUUUCUCCCCUUUCUUUGGAACUGCCCUCUAAUUUGCAUUUCCCAAAGUGGCUGAUCUGGCCAGGGAUCUCUGUGUACCCCAUGGCUACUGCAGCUCUGCUCUGUGAAAUCAUAGCCUUGCAUGUGUUUCUUUCCCCAUUCCCCUCAACCUCUCCUACCCAUUUAGUGAGGACUAGGCGGGCCUUAUCUGGCCCUAGAACCCCACCCUUGGGUGUCAGGUUGUUGGCAUGCCUGGCUGCAGAGACGUAGAUGACAGGACCCUAUGUCCUACCUGCAGUGCCCAGUUUUUGAAGAGACAUGCUGUGUUUGAAGGGACAAGAAGUGGGAGGGUGUAGUUGCUCACAUUGCUCUGCCCUCCUGUUGGCAAACUCUGGUCUUCUAGAAAUGCUGCAGUCCUGUGUGCGACUGGUUACACAAAUAUGGAGGUCUCCUAAAGGUUGCUGUAGUGGGGUCGGUCCUUCUGAAAUGCUCAUUUCUGUAUGUGCUGGGGUAGUCUCAGGUGUGUGUGCCUGGGGAGGUCAGGGAGGCUGCUUGCUCCCACCUUGCAGGGCCAGCCGAACAGGACACAACAGGCAUAGCUUGGUGUCAAGGUGGGAGCUGCUUCACCUCCAUCCUUUAUCCAGGGUGACGUAACCUUUAAGAGCAGAGGGGAAAAAAAAAACAACCACAUUGUCACAUUAUCACAUGGGUUUGGGAUGAGCCUAGACAGACAUGAGCCUAAUUGGGUUCAGGUCUGCUGCACGCCUCUGUGUGGGCUUGGCAAUUGGCUUGAUUGUCCGUCUGUGAAAUGGGGCAAGUGGUGCUUACCUUUAUUUUCAGGACAUUUCAGAUCUUAGCACAAAAUGUAUUAUGCAAACAAGAAAGGUUUCUGGUGUUGUAUCUUAGUAACAAGCAGCAGCCCUUGAAUUUUGACCUUUACAUGUUGUUGGUGUGGGGUUUGUGUUUUUUGGUUUUUUUUUUGUUUGGUUUAUUUAUUUAUUUGUUUUUACAACUAUUUGUACUCGCCUGACCAGGCCUGAACUGAGUGGACUGGUCGCAAUUGAAGGUCAGAGUCAUUUUCCUGCCAGCUCUAACCAUGUAAGCAGGGGUUAGAGCAGCGCUGGAGGGGGGUAUAUUUAUGGGCAUGCAGAUGAGCUACGAUUUGGACGUGUUUUUGCUGCUAGGUGGAGGGAUGGAAGCACAGCUCUGUGGGGACACGGUGUGGUCGCUCCUGAAAACGGCACCCGCCGUGGACGAACAGAGCUCUGACUUGCAUUCUCCUUCGCUGGAUGCAGGCAGAGAGAAAGAGUGAAGACCCAUCUGCGUGUCACCGUGGGCGAGUAAAUAAAAGUGCCAACUCACAGGGUUAUCUGGCCCUAGGUGCCAGCCUUUUGGGUGGCCAAACUCGCAUGCUGACCAGCUUGCAAAGAGGAAAAGUACUGAUUCACUUUUCUGCACUUUGAAACCUGGCAGCUCUGCCCUUUAUCUGCUCAGAUGGAUUUAGAGGAAAGGCUAAGUGUGUCUCCAGCCAGCAUAAAUCGUGCCUCCUUCUGCCUGUCUCAAUCUGUACAAGACACCAGCCUAGGCUUGGUGUUUGCCUCCAGAGUAAUCCCACUUGUGCAAGCAUCUCUAUGAGCAUCAGCCUAACUGAGAGUGUUAUUCCCAUGCAAGCUGUCCCCCUUCAUACACCUCAGUGUUCCCAGCAGGCUUGUAAAGCUGCAACUGCCCUUCCAUGUGAAUUUCCUCAACAGGCUGUUGGACUCUCCUAGAUUUAGAUCCCAUCUUCAAUAGAUAACUCAUACACAGAUUAUACCUACGUUAAAAAGAAGUUGGACAACUGAUUCCUCAUACCCUAUGGUUUAUCAUCUAGCUGGAACAGUGGCCAUGUGUUACUGUGUCAGCAAAUAAUUCUUCAUUAACUCAACUAGGCAAAGCUCAGAUGCGCGCUAUUCCACUGCAGGUUCUGCUAUCCUGCUUUUCGAAUCAGAGCAAACCCUAAGUGAGCACAAGGUUUUGUCAUCCAUGGGCUAACCUCUGGAUUAGUCUGCCUCUGAACUAGUUCACAUGCACAGCCAGGAGUUUCUGUCAAGCCUUGUGUGGUAGCUGCAGAGGGAAAGUGUUGUGCUGGAGUGUGCUGUGCUCUCCAGAACAUGACAGUAGUGUUUCCUCAGCACUGUCUCUGUAGGCUGGAUCCAUCACCGCAACAGCUGGCUGAAGACACAGAACAAAACAAGGAGUUCACCGGCUUGUCAAAACUUAAGAAUUUGAUGUUUGGAUGAGGUGUUGACAGACCCAUCUCACAACUCCUCAGUAGCCCAGGCACUGUGCAGGCUGGCCCUGGGCCUCCUCCUCCUUUCCUCACCCUCCUGCCCAAGACUCCAUUCCUUUUCCAAGAGGAAAAUGAGAUCUUUGAUUUCUAUUCUGGGGUGGAAGGUAACUAGAUUUCAUAAAGGGAUUAUUGUUUUCUGCCUAGUUCUCAUUGCAAUACCAUGCAGGCUGUGAAUCUUGAUCCGGGUUCUGCAUACACGUUUCAUGCAUGUCCCUGAUUAAAGGAACCCCAUUGUUCUGGGGCUCUGGUUAAACUAGGAAGAAUUCAGGUACACAGUGUUACAAACCAGGAUCAUGUUCUAUUGCAAAGAUGGCUCUGAGCUCCUGAAUUCCUCCUGUUAAAUGGGAUAGUUGGUUUCAAUCCAUUAUUCAUGAUGCCUGACACAGCAUUUGAUCUCCAGUUCCACAAAGUUCAGGACUGUUCAGACGAGCCUUUGGUCCUUAUUCAUCUCAUUAUGUGAGCUUCAGCCACCUAUGAUGUGAUAUUAAUGACCAAUUAAAAAUGCCACUCAUCUAUUAAUUAAUAAUGGGAAUCCUUGUUGAAAAGAGCAAGUGCAAUUUUAGGACAUAUUGUCAGAUUUGUGGGGACUCUCAAGCAGACUUACAUCGUGCAUGUAGCAUGGAUGUUAGGUGUAAGGUGGGGCUUUGUAUAACAACGAGAAUUUUGAUGCAUGUUCUGUGGAGGAUGGGGUUCAUAAAUCAGUCUCUACAUCAAAGGUAUCAGUGGUCAGUGGGUCAGCAGAGACAGCCACAGCUGAGAAGACCUAGGUUCAGCCUCUUGUCCCACCACAGAGUCAUUCAGUGACAAAACAAACCACUCAGCUUCUCAAAACUAUUUUGGUUCCUAGCUCCCACUGAUUUUAAUUAGUAUUACCACAAUAUCCUUGAAGGUCUACACUUUCAGUUGCUUUCCUGAAAGACAGCCAGCAAAUCCAUGUUUUCAUUUGAACUGCUCAAAUCCAUGGUGGUCCUUUUACCAGAAAAAGGCCCACAGAUGCUAGGACAGAGCACCGCACGCAGUCCUGCAAAUGCAGACCUCCUGGGAUGGCACACCUAGAGGCAGCUCUGUGCCAGUAGCCAGGCUCUAUCUCUGGGCAGCAUGUGUCUGUGUCCUUCAGAAACAAUGUUCUCACCCUUCCUUAGCCUUGUAUCAGCUGCAGGGUGCUGCAAGGUACGGCUCAUGCUGUUCCCGCCUGGUGAGAUAAGGCUCCCUUCAAAGUUCCAACUUAUUAAAGAAAAUCUCACACCACAUGCAGUGCAUCUGGAAGCUUUCACAUUGUUUAGAUUUAUAUAAGCAAAACUGUAUCUGUAUUUUCAGGCAUUUUCUUCUAAAAUGUGAGCUUUAAGAUACAUUUGGGCUAUCGAAAGAUGCCAGCAAAAAAGAGUGGUCACUGUAAGAUGGAGCUGAUGUUGUGGUUAAAGCACCUUUGAGAAUUCAAGACAGAAGUGUAUCUAUCAGUACAAGACAAAUAAGCAAAAUGCCUGUAACUUAUUGGAUUAGAGCAUCACUUAUUCCUAUUUGGCCAUUUCUUUAUGUCCUGCCUGUUUGUUUCAUAGUUUUCAGCUGCGUACAUGAACAAACUAGGAGGAACCCAAUUUGGGUCACCAUAGGGUAUUGACCUGGACUUUUGUUACUGGACUGAUAUUUGAAGCAAAAGAUAAACAUUUUUCUUCUUUAACAAGACCUCAGUUUAGCCCUUCAAAUAGGAAAUGGUAUUUAGAGCAACAAUGCCAGUUGGAGCUGGUGGAACCUGGAUCCUCUGUGGUGCAUGUGCUCCAUGAGAAAAAAGGAAGGAUGUCCCAUUGUCUCGAUAUAUGGAAAAAAAAAAUGUCUCUGGAAGAGAUUAAAUCUGCUUUUACUUAACUGUCAAAAGUGACCCAGAUACUUUUAUACCUAAUCGGGUUCCCCUCCAUUUAUCAUGAUGUUUAGCCAGAGUUGCAGGUCAAGCAAACAGCUUUGUGGUUUGUGCCAAAUGCAGACUGAUAUGGAGCCUUUGAAGUAAGAAAUGUGAGCAAUCUUCUCCCCACAGGCUUGGUCCUCUUGAUAAGGAGAUGCACAAAUGACACAUCACUCUUUAGCCCAUUUUUGAGCACUUCAGUGGUGUGUUAGCUUCAUGGUAAUUCUCAGCAAUGAAGGGAGUACUUACUCAUCAUAACAAAAAUCUGAAUAAAGAAAGGAGAAAAAAAAUAAGUAAGUUUUACAGAUCAGUUUUUAAGAGAAAGUUAUCUUUGCUGAGAGGUUUGAGACUUCCCUUUUGAGAAGAUGAAAUUACUCCAGGUGACCCCUGAGCUACAGAAACUCUUUUUAUUUUAAUUAUGUGUAAUAUAUUUCUGAAUGAGGGCUGGUAAAAUCAAACCCCAGAAAUGGGGACCCCUCCAAUUCAUGCUUUAUUUUCUUGAGCCAACCCAUCCACAUUAUUACAUUUUGAAUGUUUGGGGUCCUUCUGGAGGAAGAUCAGUUUGCUGUAAGAAACUUUUUCAUUUUUCACUGCAGGCCAGGAUCAGCAGUGAGAUCUGGUAUCAAAUGUGACUAUACUAACAGGGAGGAAUAUACACAGUCGAAGUUUAGCUUUUUAUACAGAUAUGCAGAUGUAUGAAUGAUCUGCAGUAUUUGAAUCCAGAUCUGGACUUAUAUGUUAAACCCUGCCUGAGUCGAGGUAAUUGAGGUCAGAAAGGUCAGCUCUGCAUCCUUGUCAAGCAAGGCUCCUGAAUUAUGUCAUUGGAGUAAAUUUUUAAUGAAGGAACAUAGGAAGCUUACUCAACAUUGUGCCUUUGUAAGCUCACUAACCAUUUCCUGGGUAACAUAUAGGACAGUAUUUUCCACUGUCCCUUCAGAUUGAAACACAAGGAAAUUAGUAAUGAUUAAGCACAUCCAGUGGGUGAAAUGUAGUCACCCUUUCAGUCCUGUAUCUUAACCUUUUCUUGAAAGCCUGCAGGAUACAUUGCCUUUAAUCCAUGUUUCUGAGCAGAGAAAAAUCUCCAUUUGCUGAAAACCAAGACCCUCAUAGACAAAGGGGACACAUGCAGCCUUGGCAGCUCAACAUUAAGAAGCAUUUCCUGCUCUCACUGAAGAAACACUUGUGGUACUCGGGAGGCCAUGAAAGUUCUUGUAUUGACUUUACUGAGUGGAGGCUGAAAGCCUGGUCCUCUUCUAAACACAGGAAAUGUUUCACUUAUGUCAAAGCAAAUAUCCGCUUGUGAAACCUCUUAGCUGGCAGCUGGAGUAACACAGUGCCAUGAGAGAUUUGGCGUGAAAAACGGGUGAAUAUCACAUUUAGGAUUUGGAGAAAGGUAUCAAAGAUGCCCCUUAAGCACUUCUAAUACUCUCUGAGGUGGUUUCUUAAGCUAGUUUCACUGCAGACUUUCUAAGUGAAGUACUAGAAUUGGUGUCCACCAGCAGAUGGUGCUUCUGCCCGAGAAUUGUUUUCUUUCAUGAGCAUUAAAAGAGACAGCUUCUCCCGUCAUCACUGUAAAAGAUACAAGGCAAAACAUUGUCCUUUAGAUCAUAUAGAUUCCAUCAUUUAGACUGGUCCUAUGUAUGCCUUUCUGUCUACUCUUCCCUUACCUCCAAUGUUGCUUUUCUUUAAAGGGCCUUUGAUUAAAUGGACAAUUUCCCUUUUAAAAAAUACCCUAUAUAAGGUCCUUGUUUAGCAGGUGUGAUACUACGCUGAAGAACUUCAAUGGCAGGAAAAAGAGAGAUGAGUGAUGUUUCUUUUGCUCAGGGUGUCUUUCAAGCUAGCUUCAGUGGAGAUGCACAAAACCAGGCAUGCAGUCUGUCCCUUGUAGUCUACCUACUCCCAGCUUCCUAAGGACAACAAGCAGAAGUUCCUUGGCUCUGAAAGCACCUGGAACAGAUGAGGAGACAGACAAAUAAACACCCACUUGACUGCAAACUAUGAUCUUCCGUGUUUGUGGGACCAAACUGCUAAAUUUUAGCUGAAAUCUGGUUGUGUCUAUUGUAGCUAAUUUACCUUAGGAACCUUGUAGUGUUGUUUUUUUUUUCUGCCAUUACAAUAGCAGUAAGUACUUUAAAAAGAAGAUCCAAGAUCACCCUCACCGAGUUAGAUAAUGCAUAGUCACACUGCACCCAAGUAAGUGUCUUAAGACUUCUCUCCUCCAUCAUACAGAUACCUUGUUGGUCAGUACAUCUGGCCCUUUAGUUCACAUACAGGUGUGUGAGCCUAGCGCACUGUUGAAUGUACCAGGGUCCAAGCUCAGGCACAGUGCUGCUUUUAGGCUGGAAGGAUGCCCCAAACACUGGGUUGUGAUGGAGGAGUGAUGGUAACAGUAAAUCUCUGCAUUGCAAGUGCAUGACAUAUGGUAAUCCCUGCAGAAGAGUGAAAAACAGGAGUUUGAUUUAACAUGUUAGACUGGAAUACAAAGAUUCCCCUUGUCCUCAAAAGCUCUUGACAUUGAUAUCCAGACCUGUCUUUGGCAGCCUGUACACAGACUGCUGUGCUCUGGUGCCUCCACGCUGCUCUGGGCAGCUUCAUCCCCAUCCAGGAGAUACCAGCAUGGGGAAUGUGAUUACCCCACUGAGACAAUGAGACCUUCGAACAAACUGGGUCAAUGCAGAAGCAGGGCGAGGUACCAAGAUGAGAUGGAAGUUUUGUGAACACAUUCUUACACAAGCCACAACAAUAACAUGCUUAUACACACAAAAAGGUGUGUGCACUCCAGUUGUGCAGGACAUUCUUGGGCCAUAUGAAAAGACAGAUUUAUUUUAAAAGUGACUGAAUUUUUAUGAAAAUGGUAUUUUCUCCUCUUUCUUCAUCUCAGAAAUGUCCAGUGAAAGGCAGCAGCAGAAAUGCUAAACUCAUCUUUCUCAAAGACGGCACGUUGAGUAACUGUACAUUAUAUCAUUCUGGAGCUAAAAGAAAGCAGAACUAAAAUGCACUUCCAUAACUUUGGUGGGAUAAAUGUACAUGUCAUGCCACAAUACUUGCAGUGUAUGUUCUUGGCCACCACAUUCACAGUAUUUUUGAAAUCUAAGGUGAAUCAGCAGUCCAUAGCUCUUUACUUUAGCUUUUACUGAAGCCUUCAAUGGAGAUGCCAGAACAUAGUUUCUAGAGUGCAGGACACUAGCAGAUUCAGGAGGGUAAUUAAUCAUAUGGAAUCCAAUUAAAAGAUUACUCUCUCAUUCUCCAGAUAGGGCGUUAUAUAGAUGCACAAAACUAUCUGUUGAAAUCCCUCAGGCAGCUUACCCAGAAUAACCUUCUUCUGGAUCCACUCCAGUUCCCAGCAGAGGCUCUAGUUCAGGAAAUCGUCUUUAUUCAGAAUAGCACUUAAGCAUUUGCUUAAAGUUAGGCGAGUACGUAAGAGCCACUUCCAACAAGGCUGUACUUAAUUGCACCCCAGCUGCCUUCCUAAAUUGAGAUUAAUGUCAAUGGGAAGGUUCCAGCUGAUUUUGGAAAGCUGGAAGAAUGCUGCUGCCUUCUCCACAGAGUCGCUGUGCUUCUUGACCAUGGGAAUACUCACAGAGUUAUGUAGUGCAUGGUACAUCUAAAAUCACGCAUUCUUUUGGGCCUGGGAGCCCUCCGGGGGUGUGUGAAGAUGUGUGGUCCAGCAGAUCAGCAAGAGGAGCUCGUCUCGACUCCCAGUGCCUUCCUGGGGGAGCUGGUGCCAGAUGGGAGAUGACAGGGACACAGCCCUACUGGGAGCAGGGUCAGCACUGGAUCCCAAUCAGGCUGGUGCCAGGGGUGGGGUGCUGGGUCCCUCCGCAUGUCACCUACCCCCACCCCAAACCAGUGGCUGCUAUGUGGUGCCCAGGCCAGGUAUGAGGGAAGGAGCAGGAGAGACAAUGGCAUGGGGAAGGUGCGUGCGUGUGGGUGGCGUCUGCUGCUCCAGAGGCAACGGGGUUUCUGCUGGAAGCAGGAGCUGAAUGCGGGCAGAUUGCAAGGCCAGUUUGCGCAACUGGAUUGCAGCCAUAUAAGCAAAUGGGCCCAAGGUCAAGAAAGGCUGAGGAAAUGUGCCUGGGCUCACGCAACAUAUAUCGGGUUAAAUAAGCAAUUAUUUCUUAACUCACGUACUGACAUACUUGUUUUCCUUCCUUGUCAGUGGGCUUGAAAUGAUCACUUUACUUUUUUGAGUUCUCAGGGUGAUGUGGGGUCUCGGGAUGCGCUUUGGCCUCAAUCACCUCUAUGGAUAGUUGUGCGUAAAACAUAGAUUUUUUUCUGCCAAAAUAAAUAUCAGUGUAAUGUAACUUUCUCUGACAGCAGAGUUGGGCUCAGAAGAUGCCAUUGCAUGAGGUUGUGUAGGAUGCUUGCUCUGGUUUUCUGUUUCAACCAAAUGCGAGCUGGCCUGUGCUUCCCCUUUCACUGUCACUGUGGGAAGAGUAUCAACUGGUUCCAUGAUCACAGAACUCCAUCUAAGUCUCAAGUAUGAGCAAUGAGCAUCUCUACUAGGCUGUAUCGAUGUCUACAGGUUGGGAAAAACAAACAGCACUUUUUUUAACGUGCAACGAUGGACUGCAUUAAACCCAAAAAUACAUAGCAGUUCUAGUCCUAACUUGAGAUUUCUGCAAAAUGCUGAGUUCCUCAGCAGGUUGCACCCAGCCAUACUGACCAUGUGUUCAUACCAGCUAAUGCUGGCUUGACUUAUGCUGGAUCCUCUCCUCCUCUUCCCACCUGUGCAGCGUAAUGUGGCACAGACACUCGGCAGAGGUUGCUGGUGCCUGGACCCCACCAGUAACAAAGCUGCUCAAGUGCCACAAGACAAGAAGACCAGCUCUCAGAUCGCUUCUCUCCCAACAUGGGAGGCCAAGCCACAUGGACUCAUGUGGCUGAGGGGCAUCUGCUACACUCAAGCAAUGUGCUUGCUCACUAGCACCAAGGUUUUGAACAUGGAGCCCUACCAGGCAGCACACCACCGGCUAGCAGCCUUCCUCUGAUGUGAGCUCCAGGGCCAGGGGUAGCUCCAGCAGCCCAGCAGCAUUCGCCCACCAGGUACAUGGGUCAGAAGAGGUGCUGGUGCAUUCCUGGAAGAAGUGCAGUGAAAGCUGAGCUCGCACUGAAUGCUGCAUCAGAUGAAGCAGUGAGUUGAGCUUUGUUCUGUUCCUGCACUAAAUAUCACAGAUUUGCACCCUGCCUUGCUCUCUUAUCAGGCUUUCCAGCUUAAGCUCAGUCUCUGCAAACCCCAGGCUGUAUCUUGGGGUCUCCAAUCCAUUUCUCCUCCCAGCUUCUUAGUAAAGCACUCUAACAGCCUUUACAGACAGAAAGGAUUAAAAUACAUAAGCAUGUGUGUUUGUAUGUAGGCAUGCAUUUGCAUGUAGUCAUAUGGACAAAGGUAGAUUUUUAAACACAAAGUUGUUUAACAUGAGACUGUGCUGGUUGCAGGCACUUUCAUUCAGCUCCUGUGCAAAAGGGACUGGUUUGCACUAGGCUCUGGACAGGGGGAGACAAGGCAUGCUAUUUGGCAAGCACUUUAAUUCCCAGCUUCUGCCAGUCACAGACUCCCAAGGGUACCUGCUGGGAAGGCACACUGCUCUGCCAGUGCUUCCUCUCACAGCCUCCGAGAAACGGGGCAGGGGUAGGUACCUACCUGCCAGACUUUCAAAGGAGGUCUGUCUUGAGCAGAAGCAACUCAUGGCUGUUCAGGAGGCACUGGCUAAGUGCGCCUGCUAGGGGAGAGAUCAAGUGUGAGGUAAGGCAGAGUCUUUCACACGUGGCUGCAAGCUGGUUUAAAGCACAGUUUGUUGUCCUGGAGCAGGUGAAGUCGUCUGUGUAGAUAAAUUCACUGGAUGCAUAACAGAUCUGCUGUAAGGAUCUGCAGUGCUCAGUAAUAAGAGGAUAUUCUUCCAACCUAACUUGAAAGGCCCAGAAGUGUCUUGUAAUUUUUCAGAGACCAGAGGGGGCUAGAAUUUAAUCACUGACUUCAGUCCCUGUCUUCUAAACAGCAUUGCUUUAAAACGUGUCUUCAUACGUAUACUUGCUAAGGAGUCGCAGCAGUACUCCUGCUUGUGUGAAUCAGAUCACUUGUUUUGCUGAGGAGUUAUGAAAACAGAUGAUUCACUCAUAUGUGCCACUUUUCAGCAACAAGUCUCUAAGUCUGCAGACAUGAAUUAACAACACCAGGCCCUGCAAAAGUGAGUAUUGGCAGUAACUCCAGUUCCAGUUCAGGAUCUCCUUACUCCAUUCCAUCCAAAUUCCCCACUGGCCUCUGUGGACUUCACUAGAGCCAGGAGUGCAGAACUGGCUUGCUUACAGUCUGGGCUGUGCUGGAGGGGCAGCCCAUGGGGGGGCAGGUACCAAAGCUGGCCUGAGUACCCCUGCACCUCUGUCCUGAUCCACCCCUCAGGUGUGAUUCUAUGCUGCUGCCAUCAAAAUCGGGACUGAAGCCCACUCUGGAGCAUCAGUGGACUAUAACAAUGUAAGGAUGUCUGUCCUGAGUCAGCCAUGAGUCUACCUAGCCUUCUGUGGCAAGAGGGACACCCUGCCACACAACCACCCUGAGAAUGGCAGGUUGUGAUCUCUCUUCUGAGCCCUGAAGAGCCUCCUAGAAAGGCUCUAGAUGCUCCCCUGCUCUCCCCUUUUGUUUCACCUCAUUCUAUCUGAAGCUCCAUCAAGUCAUGGCACUCUUGCCCCCAGAAGGGGAGGUUUGACAGGAGCGUUCUGGUCAUCUUUACAUCCUUCCCUUUAUUUUCUCUGUUGUCCACUGAAUAGGUUGGUUCCUACAUGCUUUUUUUUCUUUUCUCACUGUCCUCUUUUCUACCUCUCCUUCCCUCUAACCAGACAGGGUGGGGAGGUUUUGUUAAGUGAAGAAAUCAUUGACAAACAUGGAAGCCUAAGAAAAAACAUAAAAGUGGGGCAAGCAUGUAGUCAUGCUUCCCCAGAAUAAUCCUCAGGAGUCUGCUGUGAGAGAGCAUGUCUUUUUACUCAAAUGUUCUUGAUACAUUUUUCUUUUCUGAAUCAAUCUAAUCACUUUGAAUGCUUGCCAGCUAGUAGCAUCUAUAGUGUCCUGUAACAAGAAGGUCUACAGCUUAGCAGUGCACUGUAUGAAGAAAGAAGGAACCAGUUCCUUCGGUACAGACUUAGAGACUCAGUCAGGAUCUGGAUCCAGCUUACAGGCCACGCUCCACAGUUAGGAUAUGAAAGGAGAAAGAGCAAGACUUGAAGCCACUAGUGUUACUGUGGACAUUCAGCCCCACCAGAAGCUGUGAGCUGCCCUGCCCAGAGGAGCUGUUGCAAUCAGUGACCUUUGUCAAUUUGACGAUGCCCUGCCAAACCAUAGCCUGUUGCUGUAACUACUACUCUCCCUUCCCUCUGCUUUAUGAGGGCAGGACUUUGCAAUAAAACAUUGUUUCAGCAAGGGUGCCUCUCCCCAUUUCCAUUCCCCAGAAAAUCCUCAAUACUAGCAGCUCAUUUUCAAGGAAACCCCAAGGGUCCAGUAAAUUUGGCUGUGAGAAAUAGCUUUUUGCUAGAAAGCAGGUGUGGCAUAAUGCCUGCUACCAUUGUACACGUGUGCUACGAAUUCUCUCAACUGCAAUACUAAACAGAACCUCAGGUCAGCUUGUGGCUAAAGCACACACCUUCAGCCCCCUCACACCACCACAGGUCUGCUUGGCCUGUCUCUGGAUGCCUUGCAGAGAAGUGGGGAGAACAUGUAAAGAGCUGUGUCAUUUCCACAGCCCAGGCACCUAAAGAGCCAACACACUCAGAAGAAAUUUUCAUCUGUCAUCAUGUUCAGCUGUGGACACCACUGAAGUCAAAAUGAGGUCUAUGUCUUAUGCUGGGCUGACUUAUUCUGUCUGUUAAUUGAAGUGCACAGCACAAUCUUUAGUCAGUCUUUAGCUACACAGAUAGUGUUUAUAGGAGCAAAUACCAACACAAAACCAAAUCAAAACAAACCCAAGAUUUGAGGCUGAUAGAUCAUGAUGCUAUUUUAUUUCCAGGACCAGGAGUGUAGCUGUCAAAUGUAUAAGCAUCAGAGCUGUACAGAGGCUUGCAGUACAGAAGGCCCAGAUCCCAAGCUAGGUCGGGACAUGAGGGACAGUGGUACCUCCAUACCACUGCUGGUGCUCGUUCAAACCACUGAUGGCAAAUGACCUAUGGUUUUCAGAGACACUCUGUGGAAGCAGAGGGCAGGUGGGUACAGCUGGUGCACCCGUACAAGGUGCAGCACCCACACAAGGCAGCACAUAGAAUCACUGUGUGCACUGCCCUGGGUGACAAUUAUACUCCCCAUCCAACUCUUUACUACCAUCUGUCCAACUCUUUAGCUGCUCUGGCUGAGCUACUGACUGCAUUUCUCCAUGAAGGCCUGGAAAGUGCGGGCGAGGAGCAGAGGGCAGCUAUGCUGGGUGGUACCGAGUGUGCUUGUGCAUGCAGGAAGGGUGUGCGUAUGUCUGCAGAGCUUUGUGGUACCUACCUACAAUCCAGCAAGCGACUGACCUGCAGCUUCCUAACCAAAGGAUAGAUUCAGAUUACUCUUGUUAAGAGCAAAACUGCUGCUGUCAGUUAUUACCACUGACUUUGCCUUUCAUGACACUGGCCUUGAGCAGGACCUUGCCUUCAGACAGCCGCAGGUGAUGCACAGCAGUUUAGAUGCAGGUAACAAUAUUUUAAUUACACAUGAAAGUAUGGUGAAAAUCCAUUUGAUAUUUAGGAGGGAAACUGUGUGAGCACUUCAGGUUUCUCUUCUUCUCUGAGGGACACACAUACAUGCAUUCGAGGUAUCACAUCUUAUCUUCCCAGCCAGAUGGAUGCUGUCCUCGUGCUGUGGCAGUGUGAAGAGGUCAGGCUGGGAGCUGACAGCCUGAUCCGCCUUUCAGGAGCUCUUAGACUGCCUGAACUUCAGUGAAGAUGGGGUUUCCACAUGAGAGCUGGCCUGCCUGUGCUCAGGGACACACCAUGGUGGUAAUGAGCAUGUGGCCAUAGCAUGUAGCCCUUGUUUGCCCUACCCUAUUGCUAGCAGGCAGGAGGGAUGCAGUGCCACCAGCUGCUGCGCAGUUUAUCAGCGGUGCAUGUAGGUACCAUCCCCAUUGCUUGUGCUGGGAGUGGAGGUCACUCAGCAGCUCAUGUUCUCCAGGGGAUGGCCUUUACCUGCAGUGUGUUGGAUGCUUCCCUCAGAGCUAUCUGUCCCCAGCAAAAGCUGUCCCUGUGGCCAUUGCUUGGAAAGGUGUUUCUUUUUGCCAUCUUGCUUUCAGAAGGGGGAUCUCAAAGAGGCUGAGGAGUGAAUUUCCUAAGUCACUAGAAACUAAGCAUUGGACAUGGUGUGGUGUAAUAUUAGUGUCUGCUUUUCCAUUGAAAUGCUAUGUGCAGCCAACACCCUUAUUUAUCCCCUAAAGCUUUUGCAACAGCAGCACGUAAAACCAUAGCAACAAAGCUGAAUGAUUGCAGUCUCUGCCUGCAAUUUCUCCUCUUUCUGCCUGAUUUCUCCAUCCCUGAAGCUUUGGCUGAGGGGAGCAGUGCAUUUUUUGGCAGGGUGGCAGGUGCCGAUAUCUCAGUUGCAAUGCAGUCCCAGCACCAGACACAGUCAGAGCUCAGGACCUGACUUGUUCUGCCUGGUUGGUUUUUGUCAAGCGUUCAGGGUUGAGAAACUGCUUAGACUGGAGUCUCUCACUGUCAAAUGCAUGCUGAUACACUCUUUUCUCAGGGAUACAAAGGGUUUUCCUCACAACCUUGCUAUGCUUGUACUACUUAACAAAAUAUGGCUAAAAUUCACUUUCCUUCUGAAUGUUUUUCCUCUCACUUCAGUGAUGACUGGAAAAUAUUGUUUUGUCCAGCAUAUUUUUAUUUAGUCACAAAGGACCAUUCUAGGUGUCCCUCUCCACUGUCUGCACUCUUUUCAUUGCUUCUAUACAAGCUAUCAAAGACCAUGUAUCCUGGUGUGGGUCUCUGAUGUGAUGAGGGAGCGAUCUUCAAACACAGAGUUAUUCUAAUAUUUAGAGAUAGUUUCCAACUAUGAACAUUUUUGGGGACAGCCUGUCAAGGUCCCUCUGAAUAGCAGCCAACCUUCCAGCAGAACAGCUGUUCCUCUCAGCUGGUACCCACGCCAGACCCCAUAUGAAGGGAUGGGAGUUAAUACUUUUGCAAAUGUAUCCAAAGUGUUAUAAUAGGUGGUCAAACUCUAUAACAUGCAAUUAACUCUCAGUAUCUCUCAGAAAAACAGAACAUCCCAACCACUGAACCACCAAAUGUAUUUACCAUUGAGAAGACAAAGGACCAAGAAAAUAGGCUAAGAAUGAAACCUUUAAAUGCUGCUUCCUGGAAGAUGGAAGAACAGUCACACAAGAAAUAAACAAUUGCAACAGGAUUCCCCCACUUAAAAAGAAAACCCAACCUGUACAGGGCAAGAUAUCAAAACUCCCAGUUGUGCUGAAAACCAUACCCUUGAGAUGAAACAAUGUGCAAAUCCUGACUCCCUUAUCCUGGGAAAGAAAGUAACAUCCAUCAUGCAAGCAGCGAAUACAGAAAGAAAAUGAAACCGUUACGAUUUGCUUAGAGGAAUGGCAAGCAGAGGCAAAAGAGUUAAAUGUUUGAGAAGUGGAAGUCAAAGCUCCUGGAGAGGUGGUAGCUUACACAGGCUGACCCUCUGCAGAGGCUUGGCAUAUGAAUGCAAGAAAUGGGUAAGACACCUGGAAGCACAGCUGCAAAAUAAAAAAUAAAGAGGCAGUAUCUUUAGUUACCAACACUGUUAUGAGAAACCAGAAGGAUGUCCCGAGAUGCAGUAAAAAUUUGAUAAUAACAAUCAACAUAAAGAAACAGUUCAAACAUAAUUAAUAGAUGUAAUCUUGAGUAACCUUAAGAGGAAAAGGUUUCAGCAGCCACAGUUAGAGCCAAACUAUAAAAACCUAAUGGCCUUAGUAGGUCUUUUUGUUCUACAGGGUGAUUCACUGACAGACAACAACUUGAAAAACAGCAACCAGACCCAGGGAUAGAACCGCUGAUUUCACUUAUGUUCUUUUAAGCAAACGUGUAAAUACCAGAAGGAAUCUAAGAGGACUAUCAAGAAGGUAAAAAGUUUAAAGCAGUGGGGAAACUAAUUAAAUGCUAUCAGCACUCUAAAUAUCAGUAGUUAGCAGUAUAGUGUAUCAGUAGUUAGCACUAUAGCAUAUCAGUAGUUUAAGGCUGAGAAGAUUGUAGGUUAAGUCUGUGUGUAUAAAGGUUUAUGUCUGAAAGGCACACUGAAUAAUAUGAUAUUAUGAUUUAACCAGAAGAAAUACAGAAGGAAAAUUACAUAGGUACAUAUAAGAGGAUACUAGUUUCCAAUAACCACACUCAACAGCUAUAUUCUUUUGUUUCCAAGAGUUAACCGUAUAAAAUUCAUCAUGCUAAGUAAUGAACCCUGUAAUUCAGGAAUUAUAUACAGUUAGUUUCCUUACUUGAAUGAACAGAAGGAAUAAGAAGAUGGCAAAAGCUGUGUAUAAAUAUAUCAUCUGCUGAUUCAAAAUAAAAUGUAAAGUCUGUUUGCUGUAGAGAAUACGGGAAACAACUGAUGGAGGAUUGGAAAAAAGUGACUGGAUAUACUGGAAGCUCCUAUGAGAGAAAAUGUCUGGGGAACAAAGAUCACUGUUAGUAACAUUCUUCUGUUAAUCUUCUGAAGGAAACAGAAAAUUGAGCACCCCAUUCCAGUCCUAUAGAUACUGAUCUAUGUAUGUGUAUGCAUAUUUGUGUUUAUUUAUGACUAUCCCUCGAGGUGUUUACAAUAGAUAUUGCAAAAUGUUGGGAUGACUUUCUAAUGAACUCACACUCACUCCUAUGAGAUCUGGGUCUAACCACAAGAUCUUCAGUAUGUCUGCUACCUUCUUCACCAGUAACACUAACAAGGGAUUUGUAAACAGGUCAACAAUGCUAAGCAGUCACAGAAGUGUUAUCAACCAUGAAGGUUAUGAACAAUUGAAUAUUGUUCUGUUCUGAGCCUAUUGUACGUCUAAAAAUAAAACAUUUUCCUUGAAUGGUGCCUUCAAGACCACAGGGCUAUUACAUGUAAGAAUACAUCCAAUUGUAAGGUUGUUAAUACUAAUUGUUAAACAUUGUGUAUGUCUACAUGUAGUGCAUGUCCUGCUGGUGACAACACCCUAUCACGAGAUGGACCCACCUGCUCCAAAACACCUGGGAGGCAAGAACAGAUGUUGCCACAGCACUGUCUCAUCAGUGAAUGCUCAGGUGCUGUAGUGGAGCUGACACUGUUGUCCUUGGUUCUCACAUAAAGCCCAGUAUCUAGAUCUGCAAUAGGUUGUCAUUUACUCACUUGCCCAUGACAGUGGUCCAGCUAGUUCCGGAGUCCACACAUCUGGUCCAUACCUCUCCAAUCUGGCUACAAGGAUAUUUUGAGAUACCAUGCUGAAACCUUGCUAAAGCAAAGGUAAACCACCACUACCACUCUGCCUUCACCCAUUGAAAGAGUCCUGCAAUCAUCUCAAAAUAGAAAGGAAUCAGCUUGGUCAGGCACAAUUUGCUGUUGGUAGAUCUAUGCUGACUAUUUCAAAUCACCUUUUGUUUUCCACAUGCCUGAUAAUGGCUCCCAGAAGGGUUUGUCCCUUAAUCGUCACAGGGUUUGAAAUGUGGUUGAUUCUCCUUCAGCUCCUGGAUCUUCAUUGCCACUCUUGGAUUAGAGACAGGAGGCUCAACCAGCCAUUCUUACCUCUCUCCACUGAGAUCAGGAGCACUUUGCUUAAUACUAGUCUAUAUUCGAGAGACUAAUAUUAAGGCAGUCACCUUUCCUGCCCAAGACUGCCCCUCCUUCUUUUUAACCAGUUCCACACUGCCUGUCCUUGAUCACCACAUUGCUAUAAAGACUAAACAAACCCUGGGCAAAUGUGACCUUCAGGGGGACACACAGCAGAAUGAGAUUAUUCAAGGACUUUUCUGGUGUGGUUGAGAACAGAGAUGACAAUUAAAUUUAAUGGCUGCUUGACAACAUGUGGUUCUCUUACACAUGUAGGUAUGCCUGUGUGUGUAUGUGCAUGCUGGCAAGUAUUGGCCAAACAGGACUGGCCAGGAACAGAUGGUAGAAGAGGUUGGUUGAAGGAGGGGUAAGUCCUUUCACCUGGUAAUUGGCAGGCCAGAGCAAUAGUUCCCGAGAUACUCUGCUUGGGAAUCUCCAGGACUAUGUCUCCUGCCGUAUUUCCACAGCCAGGCUCACCGUCCUGCAGUUGGGAGCUCCUCUGGUGGCUCCAGCUGACUUUAUCCAGCCAAGACCAACCAGGGCACAUCUCUGGCUGUGCAACACAAGAGGCUGGACUCGCUGUGGUCCCUCUGGCCUUCAGGUUUCAUCAAAGCAAAGAGAAGCAGCUUGUCAGGUGCCUCAACUUCCAGAGGCUGAGCUGAGGGCACAUGGGAAACCACCAGAAAGAAGCAGGGAAUCAGAGAUGAAAUGCUGCUAGUAGCUCGCUCCUAUGCUGGGAGGUGUUCAGGCACAGAAAAACAUCCAGAAGAGAUGACAGCAGUAACCAUGACAAUGUCAGCAGCACGGCACUAGAAGGGCUUCCUCAGGGAUUAAGACUUUUCCGUACCAUGAGCAUAUCUCCCUUUUUUGUGAUGUGUGCUGUCGAUUCAGUGGUUAGUCCGUGUUCACUUUAUCUUCCUCAAGGCAGAGCUGCCUGAAAAAUUGCUUUCUCUGCAAAUUGCUUAGGCAGGACUACCUGUAAAAUGAAAAUAUGUUCUACAGAGAGUCUGCCUCAGCCCAUGUGCUCAUGAAGCACUCUGCAUCACAAUCCCACCCCAGUCGCCCUCCCUUGGAUGUCCCCAUAAUAGUCAGGAACCGUCUAAUUUCACUGAGCACACUGCUGUUUUCUAAGCUGUGACUCAGAGCUUUUCAGUUAGGUGUCAGCAUGUGCCAUUUGCUAGAAAUAAAAUCAACAUUAAUUAAUUCUGCCUUUUUUUUUUAAAUUAAUUUUUAAUCUUUUCCUGCUCCAGAUCAUGAGUGAAGGUGUAUACAGAGCAGAGCUCAGAGAAGCUAGUCCUGGCUGUGUCUGAGGACCUGCUCCUCACAGCAAGGGCUUCACGGAAGGGUUGGUUACUAUCAAGCAUGUUCAUGGUGGAAGAAAAGGAAAGGAAAAUCAUGUGGAGAAUCUAGGGGAAAGGGAGAGAAAGGCUGAGCUUAUGGCAAAGGACAGGGGAAAUAUGAAAUGCAGGAAGGAGAAAGAACAGAGAAAGACACAGAAGACCAAAAUCGCCAACUUCCCAGGUGAAGCGAGGGAGCAGAAAAUUCUUCCCUUUGGGUGCUGAGCAGCCUGGCAGGCUCUUUGCACUGCCUGCUCAGUGCUCAGCCUCUUGCGCCCCUAUCAGCCAAAGGAACUAUUGUCAUUAUUAUUAUCAUCACCAUUAUUUUGUAGAGCUCACCUUCACUCUUCUUCUGUCUGGGUGAACAAAGAUCAAGCUGCAUCAAUGUCCACCCUAAAAAGCACUACAGGGCUCUUUUACAAUAUGUGAAAUUUCAGUAAGAAGCAUAAAGAGUAGUACUCAGCAUCUGAAAGGAUGACUGAAGUAAGCUGUCAGCCAAUAUUUGACUUUCCAGGUGAGAUUAGAUUUAGCUUUAAAUUUAAGUUAAACAUAAGCCAUGCAGCACGAGGCACCCAUUUAACAGACAACUGCUUAUAGACUUGUGUAGGCUGGAGGCUACUUAAAGUUUAAGAUAUCUCUGCUCCUUGAGAGUAUCAUCAUAUUAUCCAGUGGAGUUUUAAAAUCCUGCACGUUACCGUGAAUCUCAUUGCAGAAGGGCACAGGAGAGGUGAGUUUCUGUUUGGCAAUUCUUUACUUCCUAAUGAAAAAGCAUAGUCACUUUUGUUCUGAAUCAAAGAAAAAGCAGAGAGACUUUACACACAAAAAAAAUCAAGGCAGUUCGUAUUUGUUUAUUCUCAUAGCUUGCUUAAUUUCAUUAGAUUACCUUUAUACCCUGUGAGUGAGUGUGUGCAAGUGUAUAAUUGCAGACAGAUGUACAUGCGCGUGUACCUGCGUCCUUCUGUAUGUGUGUGUCCUGUGCACACUGAUAUCACAAAGCUGGUCCAACAAGCAGAGGAAGGUAGUUUGCUGAACUCCUGUUAGAAAGACACUGCAAUUUCCCACAGCCUGCAGUGAGCUCAUCUUUGCUUGAAGACUGCACUGAGAUGGAGGAAUUUUUGGUGGAAACUUCACAACACAUUGUAGGGCUUGGUUGGCCUGAAGUGUUGAAGGACAGGUGUCAUACAGGAGCAUCAGAGCGACAUGCUGUAGCAGACCCUUCGCUUUUCCCAGGCUAGCAGGCUGCAAUCCACUCACACCCACCUAGGAAAGGCAGAAAAGGACAGUGGCUUUUCUCUGAGCUUCUUGAGAGCUCCCUUGUAACAUAGUGCAUGGGGCCCCACACUCACUGGCCUUCACCAAAGUCUAUCUGUCUUCCCACAGACCUAAAGUGACCUGGAUGAGGAGAUGAGUAAGACCUCCUUGGGUCUCUGAACAUACUGAACCACUCAGAGAUGGUUAUUAUGAGCUGAUCUAAAAUUGGUAUUACAUUUUCAUGGACAAGUGGCAGGUGUUGUUAUUCAAUUGUCAUAAUGCAGACUAAAAAAAACAAUGUAAAUGUUUUAGUAGAAAUAUUUGAUAAAAAUAAGCAUCAUUUUGUCUUUAGUAACCACAGCUUGCAAGGAUGGCUGAAAUGCGAAACUUCACUUGGGCGGUAGAAGAUAUUUUCAAGGAAACCUUCCUCAAUUACAUGAAUGGCUGGAGGAAAAACAUGACGGAAGCAGCAGAUGAAUUGCAAGCCAAAGUUAAUGCUGAAAACUUUGACUACGUUAUCCUUUAUUUGAUGGUGAUGAUUGGGAUGUUCUCCUUCAUUAUUGUGGCGAUAUUGGUGAGUACUGUGAAAUCCAAGAGGCGAGAGCACUCCAAUGACCCCUAUCAUCAGUACAUCGUUGAGGACUGGGGCGAGAAGUAUAAAAGCCAGGUCCUGAAUCGAGAAGACCUGAAGUGUGUAAUUCACGAAAACUUUGGUGCAAGGGACAAAACAAGCCCUGGAUCACCUUAACUUUUUGGGAACACCAGUAAUGAAGAAAUCAUUAAGCCACACGUAGAGAACUCACCGGAAUUACAAGGAGCUGUGAAACUGCUCAUUAAGUUAAUGGAGAGGCCAAUGUGCAACACAGUGCUGAGGAAAUUAACAUUACUGUUGCCCAUGAGGACUUUGUCGCAGCUGCUUGAAGAAUACCUGAGAAAAAUACAUAAUUGUGCUUUGCUUUGGUAUUCAGUUCUUCGCGAAAAUAAAACUGAGAGAAUGAAUAACUCGAUUUUUUUAGCAUAUUUGAAAUCCAGAAGUAGAUCUGGAUGUUUCCACCUCAGAAUAACUGUGAAUUAGUGGUUUAAAGUGCUUAUUUAGAUCCAAACUGUAUUACUUAAUCCCAUCUUAAAAACAACUUGAAAAUGUACAGUAAAAUAUCAAAAUCUCUAUCUAUUAACUGAACAAUGUGUUAUGGUAUGAAUCAUAGGAGUUAACCUAUACCUACACACAUUCAAGCCAAAUUGUUUUUUUUUAUUAUAUGGCUCCAAUUUUGAUUUAAUUAUUUAUCGGCAGCAAAGACUGACUUAUGGUCAUCUACCAAGGACUGAUUUAUAGCAGAAGAGCUGCUAAACUACAAGUCUCAUAUAGGAGCUUGUCCUGGCUGUCUUCAAGUCCAUAGGUGGCCAAGCUGUCUCUUCUGCUGCUACUUGGCUCUCCAGAGCAAUUUGUUUAUCUGGGAUGCAAGCUCGGUGAUGGAAGCACUGUUUACACCCCAUCAGCCAGGGCUCAGUGUAAACCACUAAAAUCCUGCCUUGUGGCUUUCAGAGGAAGGACUUCCAUGGCCAGCUAUCAAGGCUGUCCCAUUGCUCUGCUUCCUAAGUGUUUCCUGUGUUUGGUACUAGUUUGCACUCGCUGACAAAUGGGUUUUCAGGAUAGUUUGUCUUCUCCUGUGCUGCUAAAGUACCACAACACUGUCUCUCAGGGAAUAAUAAGAAGCAGAACUGGUGAUGCUUCUACGACUAAAACGUGCUUCCUUUUGUAAGACUCUGGGUUUAGUUCCUAUUCAUGUUGUCAGACCUAAAUCACUUAACCUAAAAGCUCCCAUGCUGUCUGUCUGUCGUGGGGACUUAUUGUUUGUUUUUAGAAAGUUUUAGCUGAAACGCUUCAGCCAUGUCUGGCACUGCAUUUCAGACAAUUUUGGUUUGCUCAUGUUAAAAAGAAAUGAAAACGAAAAUGGCUUCUUUUGUUGGGAAGCUUUGGCUUGUUUUGGAGACUUGUCCUGAGAUUUGGCACAGCAGCUGCUGUCAUGGUCCUGAUGUGCCUUUUGCUGGUGUAGUAAUAAGCCUUUGCGUGUACACAUACACAGGCAAGUUGCAAGAAGAGCCAGAGGCCACAAAUGCAUUGCAAAGAGCAAGUUUUAUUUUAGUUACCUCUCUGCUGGGGGAUCUCUGAAGUAGCACGUAAGCUCCCAGACAGAGGUGACAGAGGCGGGGACACAGGUGCUGGUCAGUUCAGCCCUGCUGGGAGAUGGACGGGCCUGCUGGGCUCACCUGUAUUUCAAGGCUUCAGGCAGGCACAGCCUCCCACUCUUUCUCACAACAAAGCAAGAAUCUCAGACAUAGUGAUAAGGUGCCUAGAGUUUCUCACAGGCUUAUGUUAUCUAAUGCAGAGGUUCUACUCAUCAAGCACACAAGGUAAGUAAAACAAUUAGUGUGAUGUAUGUGCUUUCUCUACAGAUGGCUGCAAGUCACUUGAGCGUAUUUACAUUUAACUAAUCUCCUCGCCAAAUCUUUCACUAUAUCCCCAUACACAGCCUUCUGGUGAGCCUCUCUCCACCCAGUGUGCCCCCUUUCCUCGUAGUGUCCCUGGGUGGCCUGUGGAUGUCUGCCAGCCCCACUGCUCUUGCCAUGGCUGUGCUCCACCUUCAGCCUGUGGGACCUGGGCCCAGACUUUUUAGCAGGGCCUGUUGCGAUAGGACAAGGGGCAAUGGUUUUAAACUGAAGGAGGAGAGAUUCAAGCAAGACAUGAGGAAGAAAUUUUUUACAAUGAGGGUGGUGAAACACCGGCACAGGUUGCCCAGAGAGGUGGUAGGUGUCCCAUCUCUGCAGACAUCCAGUGCCAAGCUGGAUGGGGCUCCGAGCAACCUGAUCUAUUUGCAGAUGUCACUGCUCAGUGCUGGGGGUGGACUAGAUGACCUUCAAAGAUCCGUUUCAACCCAAACUGUCCUAUGAUUCUAUGACCUUCCUUACCCUUGGGGCACAUAUAUUGUGCUGCACCAAGCAGCUGGAGGAAGCCUGUGGCCACCUGGGCCUGUUGCUAUGGCCAUGGUCACAGAAAACUCCUUUUGGCAAAGGCACAGGCGGAGGAGCACCCCUGAAGAACUUGUUCGGGUGCACCAGCAUCCCCAGGGGCUGCUCCAGCAUCCCCAGGGGCUGCUCGACCCGCUCAGGCCCUGCUCCCAGUGCCUGGCAGACGGACCCGGGCUGCUCUGCCCUCAGACCUUCACCCCUGGGACAUGGGAGAAUUGCUUCACCUCAAAAUUAUCAUUAUUAUGAUUUCCGUGGAAGAAACAGGGGACUACCUGCCCCUCCGGGCUCAGGCGACAGCCGGGACACAGCGGUUGGCUGGCGAGGCGCCCGGACGAGGCGGGGGGACCCGGCCGCUCCUGCCCGGCCCCGCCGCUGCCGCUGCCGCUGCUGGGAGAUGUAGUUUGUCGCGGCCUCCGGCCCGGAGCCAUGGCCGCCCCGUGAGAGUCUGGAGCAUGUGAGGAUCUGCCAGAGGAAUCACUAAUAUUUUCAUUUCUGCGUCUUCAGAUGCUUCUGCCCUGGUCUGCGCUUUUAGAAGUGUGACGCUCGUCAGUACUGGGCACAGCCUGCUGCAAGACGGACAACAUUAUUACGCAGCCAAGAUGGUGGCAUUUAACUGGAAGCAUUUGCUGCAGCAAAAAUGUACCAGAGAAAAAGAAUUGAAGAAAAACUGAAGAGGGAACAUGAAGUGAGAUUGAAAAAAGAAGCAGAGAAGAAGGAAGAUUGAAGAGUCUCUCAGAUUUUCCGACACUUGGCAACUUGCGUUGGAUUCCUUUCCCGGGAGAGUGAAGCCUUCCUGUAGAUGAAGGAUGUGUCAAAGGAGUAAAACCAAGAGUAACAGUCGCUUAAACUGUAUCUCAACUUUUUAUACAUGCAGCAAAAUAUCUAAGCAUCUAUUUAUGCAAUAAAAAGUCCUUUGUAAAAAAAAAAAUAA